CGGGCACUCAGCGUCCAUCAAGACCCCUCAAUCGCCCGGUUUUUUUUCUGGCGUGGUUUUUAUUCUUUCCUGGCUUUUCUUUCUACAGCUGCAAAACGAUGCCUGGUGUUUCAUGUCUUUGCUGUUUCUUUUUACUGCACUGAACUUUUGCUGGUUCUGAGCAUUUCAAGCCCAGGCCCGGUCAGCCCUGGAGCACGCGGGCAGCAGCGGCAGUGGCCAAUUUGCCUCGUCAGCGGCCCAUCUUGGGUAUACCCCUGCAAGCUCCCGCAGCCCACCUUGGAAUUGACUGCCAACCGCUCCUCGACUGCCCUGCACUGCGGCACGGCUUCGGCCCCCAACCCACCACCACCACCACCACCACUACCACCUCCUCUCCACCUCCUUUACGAGUCCAUGUGCUGAUUUCUGCAUUCAUCCCUCUCUUGGUUGCUUUCGCUGUUGGCCAUAUUUCAUUCCUGCACCACGAGCGCGAAAUCCCCCCCGAUCGACCGUGGCCCUUGAUACCUCACGCCUAGAAGCCGCCCUCAAUUUCCCUUUCGCUGGUCCUCGUUGGCUUCGGCCCUGUCGCCUCCCCCUCCAUUCCUCUCUCUUUCACUUUCUCAUCAUAUCUGGCCCCAUCUCGUCGAACCCGGCCUGUUUUAUUUUGUCCCGGUCACACCUGGAUCACCGCUGGUCUGGCUGUUCACCCGGUUUCCUGUCAGGACGAAACUGAUUGGGACCCUCGACCGAGAAGAGACGACUUCUUGGCCCCUGCCUCGUGAGCGCCCAGGCGGCAGCGCCCACUCGUCAACAGAAGUCCCGCGCCAAAAUGCAAAGUCGAGAGGCGGCCGGCAGCGAGGCUGCUCCGCUGCAAGUUGGCUCGACACCAAGCCUCGGCCUCCCCACCCCCACGCCGCCUGGCUCCACACCGAUCCCCAUGCUCUCUAGCCCCGCGCCGCUUCUCCGGCCCGCAAUACCUGGAGCCCGCAGCGCUCGCGGGCCACCUCGCCUCGGCCUUGCCAUUCCACCAUCCCCCAAUGCGAAGCCUGUCGGCGACAACGCAGGCGGUCGGCCCCAGCUCCCAGUUCUGCACCUGGCCACUCCGCGUGGCAGCACAGUCACCCCUCAUGAACAGCCCCCCGGACGGCCCGGCAUCAUACAGCCCGGCCAGAGCGCCUCGGGCGGCAGUGAGAGCAGUGCCGCCCACAGCAGGUCUGGCUCGUUCGGCCCUCUAGACGGCCGCGCCUCCAACCCUACCAGCGCCGGCUCGCAGUAUUCGGCACUAUCCUUUGCAAGCCAAUUUGGCAUUGGGUCCAGACCGCAGGGCACCCCUGAUCCCGCCUCAGCCGUUGGCUCCAUCUACUCGGAGCGCGGCGAGGGCGGCGUUGGGAUGGAGCGCGAGGGUAGCCUGCACGGGCUCGAGGCCUUCGACAAGCUCACCAUAGACAAGGCGACUGCAGCCGACGUUGAAGAUCUCGAUGUGGACGGCUGGAGGAUCGCCAGUAUGCAGAACCGCAUCAUCGAGCUGGGAGGCCUGGGUGAAGGUGCUGGUGGCGCCGUAACCAGGUGUCAGCUCAAGGGGGGAAAGACAGUGUUUGCUUUGAAGAUAAUCACGGCAAACCCCGACCCGGACGUCAAGAAGCAGAUCCUUCGCGAGCUGAUGUUCAACCGAAACUGCGCUUCCGAGCACAUCUGCCGAUACUACGGAGCCUUCGAAGACGACGCCAACGCCACAAUCUCAAUUGCUAUGGAGUUUUGCGAAGGUGGCUCACUCGACAGCAUCUACAAGGAGGUCAAGAAGCUGGGCGGCCGCACCGGCGAAAAGGUGCUCGGCAAGAUCGCCGAGGGCGUUCUGCGUGGCCUGACGUACCUGCAUUCCCAGAAGAUCAUCCACCGCGACAUCAAGCCGUCCAACAUUCUACUCUGCCGCAACGGCGACGUCAAGCUAUGUGACUUUGGCGUGUCGGGAGACUUCGGCACUAAGGGCGAGGCCAACACCUUCAUCGGCACCAGUUACUACAUGGCACCCGAGCGUAUCACGGGCCAGAGCUACACCAUCACAUCUGACGUCUGGUCAACGGGUGUCGCGUUGCUGGAAGUCGCCCAGCACCGUUUCCCCUUCCCGGCCGACGGCACCGAGAUGGCUCCUCGCGCAGGCCUCAUAGACCUGCUCACUUACAUCGUGCGACAGCCUAUCCCGAAGCUGAAAGACGAGCCCGCGGCACAGAUCUUCUGGAGCGACAAUUUCAAGUAUUUCAUCGAGUGCUGCUUGGAGAAGGAACCGACCCGUAGGGCGAGCCCCUGGCGGAUGCUCGAACACCCGUGGAUGGUGGAUAUGAGGUCAAAGCGUGUCAAUAUGACACGAUACCUAUCCCAAGUUUGGGGCUGGGAUAAUAAGGGCGAGGCUACUGCUCCGUCGUGAGCCCCGCAGCGGCAAGUGCAAUGAUAUGUCAAUGACACAGCGCGGGGAUUGCCAUGAGGAUAUGUGUACUACAGAGCGGAGAUGCCCAUGGUCUAGCGUCUGGCCCAGAUGUAUACGGCGCAAGCGACGAGAGGGGCUGCUGAUGCCCGCCUGCUGAUCUGACUGUUAACAGUGGUUUGGUGCGGAGCACUGCAGUCAUGCCUCAGCAGACGAUGGUACAUCACGAAAGAGCACGACCAUACUGCCAGCUUUAAAAAUGAACGAACAAAAAUGAAAGAAGAGGAAAAGGGGUAGAGGGGGCAAAGUGGUUUCUUGCACAAAUAUUUUACUAUAACCAUAUUCGAUUCAUCUUUCUGCUCGGGUAAGAUCUGCGACUAUAGUCGGAACAGUCUACCAUGGUUUUGUUUAGGACCGGGCUUGAGGGUGCUACCAAGGGCCACUUUUGAGAUAUGUUCGAGGUUUAUAGGCAAGAUUGGGUAUCUCCAUUUGGGACAAGCCAAGAGCGACAAGAUGCUCGCCAAAAUUAUUUAGCGUUUUGGGUAGCUCAAACGAGAUGCAUGUUCUUGAAAAUUGUAGCCCAGGGUCACGCAGGGGAUACGGCUGAUUACGGAUGAGUGUAGUUGGAUGUUGGCGUAAAAACGGC